CAAUCACUCCUCUUCCACCACACCACAACACAACCGCCACCAGUCACGUUCUCUCGCCCAAACAAACCCACGCGACCUAUCGCUAUCUCUGCACAACAAUAUAUCUAUAUACCCGUUCCAACCCAGUCCAAUCCACCUCCCGAACCCUGUUCCCGUGCCGACCAGCGGCCGAAAUCCGGGGAAGCUCCAACACCUCCGACGCUCUCUCCUCUGCGCCUACCCCAUUCCACCGUCACACCUCCAUCCUCCGAUCGGAACAGCUCUCCAGACACUCAGAGACUGGAUAUACGUCCCGUAUUGCGAUCGUUCCUCGAUGACGGAUUCCCACCCACUCUUGCUCUCAUGAAGCCGCUUGCUUGGUUGUGGAUUAUCGAACCAUGUCGGACUCUGUGGAUCGAGUCUUCGUCCAUGCCCUCAACACGGUGAAACGCAUUCCCCGCACCGGGACCGCCAGACCGCCGGCUUCGGAGCGAUUAAAGCUGUAUGGCUUGUAUAAACAGAGCAUGGAGGGCGAUGUCGAGGGGGUUAUGGAUCGACCGGUCGGUAAUACGGCGGAUGUGUAUAUGGAGUGUGAGAAGUGGGACGCAUGGUAUGCUCAACGUGAUCUAUCCCGUACCGAGGCGAAACGGCGCUACAUUUCUACUCUGAUCGAGACGAUGCAUAACUACGCUUCACAGACGGCUGAGGCACGGGAACUCGUUGCCGAGUUGGAGUUCGUGUGGGAUCAGAUCAAGUCGAGUCCGUCUUCGUUGUCGUCGCAGGAAUUGAGCAGUCAUGGAGGGUCGGAUCCCCGGGUGCAAUCGAGCUUGACGCGUCCGGAGUAUGAGCAGAUGCUGGCGUCGGCGAGAGGGGACUCGCGGUUACGCGUUCUUAGUCCGGUGAGUCAGCCUGAGGGGGGCUUUCGGCGACAGAUGGAGGAGCAGCAUGAUGGGGGCGAGGAGGAAGAGGAAGAGGAGGUGUAUGCCGAAGCACAGGAUAAUUUGUUUGAGAAUGAGGAGGAGGAUCAUGAGCAUGACGACCACGACCGUGACGAAACACAUGAAUAUCAGCAUCAAUCGUAUAAUCUCCCGGACCGGGAAGGGAGUGAUCGUCACCACAGCCAUCACAGCCACGAGCAGACCGGGGAUAAACGACCGCCGGAUGAGAGACGAUGGCGGCGUCGCGUCGAGCAGGCCUUGACGAAUAUGACGGCCGAGAUCGCCGCCGUGCGCGAGCAAAUGGAAGCGCGGGCGCUGGCUCAUCGACGCCGGUCGAGUGUCUGGGCCUGGCUCAAAUGGUUGGUCUGGGUGACGGCGCGGCAGAUCAUGGUGGACUUGACUCUGCUGGGCGUGUUGUUGGUAUGGAUGAGGUUACGGGGGGAUCGUCGACUGGAGGAGAAGUUGAAGAUAGGAUGGGCAGAGGUGAAGAGACGAUUGGCGCGGUGGAGGGUGUUGCGGAGGGUGUCUACAUGACGUUGAUUGGUUUCUCGUUUCUCGUACAUAUAUAUUCUUUUUGCCGAGCCUAGAGGUUUCGCUUGCUUCAGUUGCCUUGGUGUGGUUCCUUCUUUUCUCCUGAUCGGUCCGUUGCAUGUUGUCUGGUGUUGAGGUUGUACUGUAUCUGUAUUCUAGGUACUUAGAUCUGGGUCUUGCAUAGCAUGACUGGCUGCUCUGCAUCCGAUACAUUCAUUAUACAUCAAUCCAAGCCUACAUCCAA